AUGGGCCGCCGGUCGAGAUCUUCUCCCUCGCUCUCCAAUCCCACAGGAGCUCCUGUUCCUGCGAACCCUAACGUUCAAAAUACGCCUACGGACCUUGAGAUAUCUUCUCCCGCCGAGUCUGCUGGCUCGGCGACCACUGCCGCCCCGCGGGCUACCUCCCCCACCGCAUCUACCACCUCUUCUACGCGCCCAAGAUUUCUUUCACGACUGAGCCUCCCUCUCUCACUCCCUUUGCGCAAUCGGAAUCGCAAUAUCACCGACUUUCAUAUUCGUGCUGAGGAACCACACCGUCGUUACAGUGCUGGCGAUAAUGUCCGUGGUGCUGUCGUCAUAGUUGUCGUAAAACCUGUUCGCAUUACUCAUCUAACCGUUUCGCUACACGGAUAUGUCCGUGUCCUAAAGGAUCCGACCUCGGUCGCAAAAGCGCAAGGAAGUAUCGUGCUACCGCAGAAUGGGGACUCGGCGCGCCCACGAUAUCACGGCAAUGGCCUCGCAAGCCUUUUCCAAGACGAGCAGGUGUUAAGCGGCGAGGGGAGGCUGGAGCCUGGGAGAUACGAGUUUGGUUUUGAUCUACUGUUUCCUGACAAAGGGCUUCCAAGCAGUAUUGACUUCGAGCGCGGGACCGUUUCAUAUAUGGUAACUGCCACGCUGACACGGCCAACAUCGAUUGCCCCGACAUCAUCAUGCGAGCGAAAAGUUAUGUUAGUAGAGAAUGUGGAUGUUGGUCUGCUGCCCGUCCCUCGGCCGCGCACCAUCUUCUUAGAACCGAUAUCGAAACGAAAUCGUAGGAGAAAGUCCAUGGUGAUGGACAAAUCAGCUGCGGCUCCUUCCGAGAUCAACGAACUUAAUUCGGAGCAAGAUCCUUUGGAAACACCAACGGAAGACCUUCGUGAGCAUGUGACGAAUCCGAGAAGUCCAAUACAAAGCGAUAUGCGGAGCGAGAUCAGCGGCGAAAGUGGCAUCAGCAACAGCACAAGCCUGAGUAGGCCGGAAGCCGCAUUGUCCCAGGUCGGGACACUCACAUCGGCUAAGCAACAAGCAGUUGAUAAAAAGACGAUUACCGCAACAGUCGAGCUUCUGAAGGGCGGUUGCUUGCCGGGUGAUGCUGUCUCCGUGCGGGUCACGGUUCAACAUACUAAACGGGUGAAGAGCAUGACUGGUGUGAUUGUAACACUCCUCAGACAAGGCAAAAUCGACAGCAACCCGCCGAGUGCUCUGUUUGACGAGAAUUUAAGUCGUGACGAUGUAGCUCGCAUCGAUAAGGAGGAUGUGUUUCCGCGAUCUCGGACCGGUCUGGGUGGUCUUUCGUUGACGUCUUCGAGUUCUACAAGCAUAUUCCGUAAGGAUCUUGACCAGAACAUAGCACCACUAAUCAUCGACCCCAACACCAUGCAAACGUCGGUCACUGUGACCGUCAAGCUACCUGACGACUCGUUUCCGACAAUAAAAGGUGUACCUGGAGAGAUGAUCAGCUUCAAGUAUGUGGUUGAGGUAGUUGUUGACCUCGGCGGGAGAUUGUCAAAUCAAAUGCAAACUGGCCCAGCCAGAUUUGGACCUUAUGGCCAUGGAAGUGCAGACAAUCAUACUUAUGGGCCAAGAAGAGGUGCUAAUAUUGCAGACACUUCUCAGAUGCGCCACGAAAAGGGCGUUAUCGCGGUGUCGAUGGAAACAGUCGUUGGCACAACUGAUUCGUCUCGCGGGAAGAAAAAGUCGAGAGCUUCGCCCACUUCGCGAAGCGUACAGAUUCUUGAAAGCGAUGAAGAAGAGGUCAUAGGCCAAGAACCAAAUUAUGCCGACGAUCCUCCCCUUGAGCCAUACUCGAACAGCACGCCACUCUCGCCUGGGGGUUAUUUUCCAUCACAGGCCAAUGGGAGCCGACUUCCAGCGAUCCCUUCUCAUCCCCCACAGCCAUAUUCACAAGUGGUCCCCGUGCAACACACAUCGCUCCGGCCUCGAGGCGUUGCUGGGUCAAAUUCUAACGGCCCUGUUCCCUCUCCAGCCGCGCCUUCAUACAUCCCACCUCCUGAGAUACUUAACCAGAACAAUCUUUCCGAGAAGGAGAGGAUAAGACAAGCAGAAACAAGACUUCUACCAAGUCAACCGCCGGAAGCGGGCCCAUCGACAAGUCACGAUGACGAAGAUAUAUAUGAUGCAGAGGAUACGCCCCGAGUUCCUGAUCUCGGUGGUGGCUUUGUUUCAAAUGCUCCCAAUGCUCCAAGUGCCCCCGAUGCGGGACCAUCGGCCCCCUUGGAAGACGAUGUUGACUUGCCAACAGUGCUUCUCCCAGCGGCUGUUGAAGACAAACAGGAACUCGAACGUCAACGGCUUCUGAACGAAGCCAGUGCACCGCCAGACGUUCCCGAGGAUGUGCAACGACGAGCAGACGAAGGCCUAUCGAGGGAGGUGGAAGCUGAUGCGGAAGCAAGCGCACCAAGUGCCCCAGUGGUGGAUGAUUAUGAGGAUUUUCCAGGUUACGGAUCUAGCGCGGGACCUUCUGGGACUCCAAGGCAUAUAGAUGGAGAGCAGCUACCAGCCUACCAAAGAUAA